AUGCUCAGCUACAAGUCUGUCGCGGUCUCGCUGCUGGCCGCCACCUCUGCCUUUGCGCAGUACAACAGCACGAAGGGCCCAGAUGAGGACGGCAAGUACGAGAUCUCUGCCGAGGGAAUUCGCGCUCAAUUCAUUCCCUAUGGAGCGUCAAUCACCAAUCUCUUCAUUCAUGACAAGAAUGGCGAGGAGCGCGACAUCGUUCUCGGCCACGACAAUGCUAGCUUCUACUCUGUCGAUCCCUUUCAUCCACAUCUCGGAGGUGUUCCAGGACGCUACGCGAAUCGCAUCAAGAACAGCAGUUUCGUGAUCGAUGAUAUCGAGUAUCACGUAACGCCAAACGAGAACAACAACAAUGAUACCCUCCAUGGUGGGCCUGAUGGCUGGGACUACCGCAACUUCACCAUCGUAGCCUACACCGAUGAUUCAAUCACCUUCUCUAUCGUCGACCCAGAUGGUAAGGAAGGCUUCCCAGGUGAGGUCGUCAGCUACAUCACCUACACGGUCACACCAAACACAUGGCACAUCAAGAUGAUUGCCCUGGCUACCACCAAGAAGACCCCAAUCAUGCUCAGCUCGCACACCUACUGGAACCUCGACGGAUUUGCCAAUGACGAAACCCCUACGGCUCUGAACCAUACGCUGUCCCUUCCCUACUCUGGCCAGCGCAUCGGAGUUGACGGCAUUCUCAUUCCGGAUGGCACUAUCCUACCCAACGAGAAAUACUCGGUCAAUGAUUUCUGGUCAUCGCCCAAGCAGAUUGGCGCAAACCACACCGCUCCGGAAUUGCUUGGGAACUGUGGCACCAACUGCACUGGAUACGACAACGCCUACCUUGUGAACCGCGCACAGAACGGACCAUAUGAUUGGAGGACGUCGGGACCUGUUGCCAGCUUGUGGAGCGACUGGUCUGGCAUCAAGGUGGAUAUCUUUAGCGACCAGGACGCAUUCCAGGUCUACAGCUGUGGUGGUCAGAAUGGCUCGCUCCCCAUCAAGAAGACUCAAGGUCUUGAAGGCCGCCCUCGCGUCGUAGAACAGUACGGCUGCCUUGUUAUGGAGGUCGAGGACUGGAUUGACGCCAUCAACCAGCCCGAAUGGCAACGUGAGAAGAAGCACAUCUUCGGACCUGGAGACGAGCCAUACGUGUUGGAGGCUCGCUACGAGUUCUCAGUGAACAAGUAA